UUGGGGAACGGCAAAACUUGUCUGGAGUACGGUGUAUAUCUUGCGGGGUAUUUUCUGUUCAUUUCAAGUCUGAUAAAAAAAACUUUUAUGAUUGCAAACCAAGGGGAUUCCCAUUUUGUGGCGUUUUUCGUGUGGAAAGGAAAGAACUGAAAUCGAGGCAUGGCGGAAAUACGAAGAUCGUCACGUCAGUAAAGUGACGACGCGUGGCCGGUCAAUCUUUAACUACAUUGCUCGGCUCACGCGCCACAAGCUGAACACAGACUAAACCAAACCAGUCGGAGUGACUGGUAGUCAAAUCAUUUUUACUGGGACUACCAGCAGCUAUAAAGAACUUUGCAAGUAUUUUCCUCUAGCCUAGAUGGGGAAGUAUUUUAGACCAUUUUAUUCAAACGAUUACGACGGAAUAAUGAAUUUGCGCCGUGGAAAUUAAGGGCUCUACGACAACGAUAGAAUGAUGUUCCGCUCGCCUAAAAAACGCUACAUUGUAACUACGAUAUUUCUUACGUCUUCGUUCUGGUUAGCUAUAGAACUUGUGCUUUUAAACUAUACCAAUCGGCUUAAUGUUGAAUAUUCAUCGAGUGUACAAAUCAUCCAAGGGAAAUCGAAAGUCAACGCGGAUGUUAGCUCAGACCAACUUCAGCCCAGCUCAGAUGAAAUAGGAAUCAAUGAAUUCAAAGGAUUGUAUAAAACACCUAUACCACAUAUUUUAAAACAGGGUGAAAAUGGAGAAAAGGUAUACAAUAGUCCGGGUGAAAAAGAAAUCGAGCAAGGACGCUUUCAACUCUUCCAGUUUAACGAGUUAGCGAGUUCGAAAAUCUCCCUUUUGAGGACGAUACCGGACAACCGUCCCGAAACAUGUUUCAACCUCAAAUACUCCCAAACAAAGCUGCCCACUGCAAGUGUGAUAAUCAUUUUCCACAAUGAAGCGUGGACAACACUCCUGAGGACCGUUCACACCGUGCUAGCUAGGUCCCCACCACAGUUUUUAUUGGAAAUUAUUCUAGUUGACGACCACAGUGACACUGAGAAAUACGACCAUCUUGGAAGUAAAUUAGAAAAUUACAUCAAAGACUUUGUUAAAGUUCAUCUAAUUCGGGCCCCAAAACGCGAGGGUCUAAUACGAGCUCGUCUCAUUGGCGCCAAAGCAGCACGUGGUCAAGUGUUAGUCUUUCUUGAUUCCCAUUGCGAGACUAAUAAUGGUUGGUUGGAACCGCUGCUCGCGAGGAUCGCCGUCAACAGAACUAUCGUUGUUACCCCGGAUAUCGAAGUUAUCGAUUUAAGAACAUUUGGGUAUGCGAAAGACCAAGGGGGUAAUAAUCGAGGUGUAUUCAACUGGGAGUUAACUUUUAAAUGGAGAACUAUACCUGAUUAUGAGAAGGAAAGACGAAAAUCAAAUGCUGACCCUAUCAGAUCCCCUACGAUGGCUGGAGGUCUCUUUGCCAUCGACAAGUCCUAUUUCUACGAAAUCGGCUCAUACGACACGGCUAUGUCCUACUGGGGAGGAGAAAACGUAGAAAUCUCAUUUAGGAUCUGGAUGUGUGGAGGUACGCUGGAGAUAAUUCCAUGUUCGAAAGUUGGUCACGUGUUCCGUGAGAGUCAACCUUACAAGAUAGGAGAUGGCGCCAUUGAUAUGAACAACAUGAGGCUAGCCGAGGUCUGGAUGGACGACUAUAAAAAGGUUUUCUACGCUAUGAAACCCCAACUACAAGGAAAAGACUUCGGUGACAUAUCAGAAAGACUUGAACUAAGAAAAAGGCUCCAGUGUAAAAGCUUUUCGUGGUAUCUAAAGAAUGUGAUCCCAGAGUUAGUCGUACCAGACCUGUACCCUCUAGGGAGGGGAGAGGUUCGCAAUCUUGGAACAAAUCAGUGUUUAGAUACGCUAGGGAAAAACGACCCUGGUGGUGAGCCGGGCAUGUACAUGUGUCAUGGUAUGGGAAAUAAUCAGUUCUUCAUGUUCACGAAACAGCAAGAGUUUUGGCACGAUGAUGUAUGUCUGGAUCUCGUGAGCGGUGAACCCGAUACUAAAGUAAAGAUAUAUACUUGUCACGGUAUGGGAGGAAAUCAGAAAUGGAGUCACGUUAAGGAUGGUCCUAUUAAACACUCUUUAUACGAUGUUUGCCUUGAAGCACAAGGAGACAAAAUAUUGGUUAGGAAGUGUAACGAUGCCAAGACACAAAAAUGGCGAAUUAGUUCCUACCCAGACGAAGAAAGGAAAAAAGAACAUAUAUUAUGACCAUAAAGUCUAGUUUUAGGAAACAUGUUUAAAUUUAAGUGUUUGUAUUUCUAAAUUGAAUGUCUAAAUUCUAUAAAACGGAAUCCUUAAGGGACAGUGGAACUUUGUGCAGGAUACAAUGACGUGGAAAAAAACUAGUCAAUGAUUUUGUGAAAUUUUUGUUAGGUAGCUAUAAACAAGGAUUCUUGUGGUAUUCACAACCCCUUUAAAAUUUUCUACACUAGGCUUUCUUCGAAGUAUUUGUUACAUUGAAGAUUUUAACUAAAUUUUUCUAUUUCCCAAAUCAAUGAAUUCUUGGGGCCAAUGUUCAACUGACGAAGUUAGGAUUUCCAUAUUAAAUACUGGUGCUGUCAAGUAACCCCAAGAGAGUAUAUACUUCAUGCUCUCUUGGUAUUCCACAGUUCAGUCCAGGAAGAAUUACGUGGUAUAUUGUUAUGAUUACAGUUUUGGUACUAUUUUUAUGUACAAUUCAAAUACUAUUUUAGAUUUUAGAUAUAUUUAACGUUUUUUACUUCUCCUUUGUAAGUUUUCGCAUUACUACAAUAAAAACCACGUUGGCCCAAUUGGAAAUGUUUGGAAAAUAUGUGAUGAAAUUCAUAGGACCCAGGAAUGGUGAAUAUAAAGGAAUGAUAAGUCCAGUGUUUUGCAUGAUUUUAUGAUAGGAUCUCUUAUAUCAAAAAUGACAUGCUUUAUACCUUAAUACAAUAAUUUAUUGAAAAACAAAUUUAAACAUAUCUUUUAAAAGAUAUCUAAAUUUUUAAGGAUCGAUUUUAACCCUUUGAAAAAUAUUAACAACACCCCUGUCAAACAUAGGCUCAUUAACGAUAAUUAACCGUUUACUAAUAGAACAAGAAGAAAUAAAAUUAACUUAGAACAUCAUUGCGCAAGCUAAACACCUAGUUUUUCAGAAGCAAAUAAAAAAAUAAAUAAGGAAGAGCCGGGAAAAGAUAAUAUUUUAUGGAAUGUAACUGAGGCAUGAACUCAUUUACUGGGAUAUUGCGUUAUAUUUUCUGUUGGUUAAACCUUUUCAUAUCAAAAGGCAUAGGAAUAAAUAAAAAGAUAAGUAUGAUGUGCUCCAUUUACAACAGAAAAAAAAAAAAGAAAAUGUUAAUUUAGUAAACUUUGCUCUAUACCCAACGCUGCGACUGUAUUAUCGUGAACAGUCUACACAUAGGAUUCAUACAUGUUAGAAGUAGUCACUAUUGACCAGUGUUACUAUUUCAUUAUAAUUUACCAUUAAUAUUAUUAUUUUAUCUAUGUUCAUUAGUAUGUUAAAACAGUUAUCUUACCCUU